AUGGCUCCUCGCACGGAAUUCAGCACCGAACAGAUCCGCAACAAGGCCCGCAAAGACCUUCUCUACCUGCUUGAGGGUGUCCGCGGCAAGAAAAACGUCGUCCUUGAUCGAAGCCUGGUCGGUCCCAUUGGCAUCAUUGUCAAGGUCGCUGUACUCCAGGAGUACGGAGUCGACAAGUUCUUCAUCCUCGAAAACAACAACGUCGAUACGAGCCAGCGUAAUGUCAUCUUCAUCGCGCGGGGCGAAUGCGGCCGCCACGCCGAAGCAAUAGCAGCCCAGGUUAAACGAGUCCAGCGCGAAAGCCAGACGCCCCAUGACUUCCACAUCUUCUGGGUGCCCAGGCGCACCCUAGUCUCCAACCAAAUGCUAGAAGAGGCCGGCGUGCUCGGCGACGUCAACAUCUCCGAGCUGCCGCUGUCUUUCUUCCCCCUCGAGAGGGACCUUUUAUCCCUCGAGCUGGACGACUCCUUCCGCGACCUAUACCUUUCGAAAGAUGUGACGCCCAACUUCCUAUUGGCGAGAGCCCUCAUGGAGAUACAACAAAACCACGGCCUGUUUCCGAAGGUGAUCGGUAAAGGUGACAACGCAAAGCGAGUAGCCGACCUUCUCGUCCGUAUGCGGCAAGAGCUUCUUGCGGGUGAAGAUGCUACCGAAUCCGACAAGAUGGGGUUAACCCCUAGUACAACGAACGAGAGCGUCAUCAUCAUUGAUCGCGAGGUCGACUUUGUCACGCCACUUCUGACUCAACUCACAUACGAGGGCCUGAUCGACGAGGUAUUUGAGAUCCAGAACAACCAGACCAAGGUAGACACAACAGUGGUGGGGGCGUCCGCUCAGUCUUCGGCAGCCACGGCACAGAGCCGGAAGAGGACGAUUCAGUUAGACUCUACCGACAAGCUCUACGACCAGCUCCGAGACGCCAACUUUGCCAUCGUUGGCAGUCUGCUCAACAAGGUCGCGAGGCGGUUGCAGAAAGUGCAGAGCGAUUACGAAACUAAACACAAGACAAAGACCAUCGCAGAGCUCAAAGACUUUGUCAGCCAGCUGCCGGGUUACCAGCAAGAGCAACAGAGCGCAAGGAUACACACGGGUUUGGCCGAGGAGAUUAUUAAACACACUCGGACUGAUUUGUUCAAGGGACUGCUUGAGGUCCAGCAGAACCUGGCCGCCGGGGCCGACCCAUCGUCUCAGUUCGAGGGCAUUGAGGAGCUGAUCGCCCGAGAUGCUCCGAUUCGAGAGACCCUGAGGCUUCUCUGCAUCUACUCAUGUAUAUCUGGGGGAAUCAAGCCCAAAGAUUUUGAUCAGUUCCGGCGGUUGAUUCUCGAGGGCUACGGAUACCAGCAUCUACUGACUCUCAACAAUCUCGGGAAGUUACAGCUGUUCUUGUCACGGUCAUCGCCGCUUGCCGGGAUGAUUCCUAUGGCAGGAAAUGCCGACCCCAACUGCACCAAGACCAACUACACAUAUCUACGCAAGCAACUCCGCUUGAUCGUUGAUGAGGUACAGGAAGACGACCCUAAUGACAUAUCCUACGUAUACAGCGGCUAUGCACCACUAUCGAUUCGCCUUGUUCAAUGUAUCCUUCAGAAGCAAUAUUUGCUCUCAGUCACGAAAGGUGGCGGGGCCGCCGCGGCUGGAGCCCCAGCUGGUACCGGUACGCAGGGUUGGCAUGGGUUCGACGAGGCAGUCAAGCAUGUUCGUGGGCAGACGUUCUAUGAGCAUCAGAAGGGCGAGGACAAGGCUGUCAAGGCCAGAGCGCUGCUUUCAGGAAACGGCAAUAAGCAGACGGUCUUCGUCGUCUUUGUCGGCGGUAUCACCUUCACCGAGAUUGCUGCUCUGAGGUUUAUCGCGAAGCAGGAGGAGGCCGACGCAGCUAUGGGGUUAGGCUUCAGGAACAACCUCAAGACGGGCACUGGAUUGCGGAAAGGAAGUUUGGGAGGCAAGGGAAUCUUUGACUCACUGUCGCUCUCAGCGACAGUGAUAGCGCCCAGUGUCCAGGUCCGAAUGUCUCCCCCAACCACCCCGGACAUCGCGUCAUCUGCCCAGUCGCAACGGACCUCGACAGAACAUACGCCAGAAAUUGCGCCGGAGAUAGUUGUAUGGUCUGGAAACAUGGAAAUCGAUGCUGAAAGCCCUCACGAGUCCGACGACUCGAUGAGCGUGCAUGUCAAUGUUGGGCAAGAAACCACUCCAGCUGACGAUACCACACUACUGCAUCCUACUGCUACUGGCGGCGCUAUCGGCUCAUUCGCAUCAUCGUUGUCGGCUCUGACGGAACUCACCGAACUCUCGUCAGCACCCUCGACCGUCUCAAGUAAAUCGACCACUUCUGUUGAGGCAGAUGGUCCCAGUGGUCAGAUAAGUCAAGGCAAUUCUGCCACUCUUCGGCAAUCGCCUUCUCACAACGACACCGAGCGAUACAACUUCAAUAUUCUUCCGAAGUCGUCAAUCCCGACCGACCUUUCUCCUUACAAAUAUGCUAGCGAAUGCACAAUGGCGGCCGAGUCGUCUCGGCUCAAUCCCUAUGCACUGCACCCAGAAGAAUAUCAUCUCUUACGCCAUCACAUUUCCCACACACAAGUUACAACCUAUUUGAAUAUCAGGAAUGGCAUUUUACGUCUGUGGUUAAAAAGUCCUUGGGUUGGUGUGACCAGGCAAGAGGCGGUUGGUUGCGCGAAUGCUCGCUGGUUCGACGCGGCAAGUGUUUGUUACGACUGGCUCGUGCGGCGUGGGUACAUCAACUACGGAUGUGUCCAGGUUCCUCAAGCGGAGUUCGAUGACAAAGGCACCCCCAUCAUCAAACGUCAAAAGACUAUUGCAGUCAUCGGUGCUGGCCUCUCGGGGUUGGGUUGCGCCAGACAACUAGAGGGGUUGUUCAGGCAGUACGCCGAUAUAUUCUACGAACGAGGCGAGGAACCACCUCGUGUUGUAGUCCUUGAAGGAAGAAGUCGUGUUGGAGGUCGCGUCUACUCUCGCGAAUUCAAGACUAAGCCUGCUGAGGUUCAGCCGGCAUUUGCUGGUAAGCGGCAUACAGCAGAGAUGGGCGGCAUGAUCAUCACUGGUUUUGACCGGGGCAAUCCCAUCAAUAUUCUCCUUCGCGGUCAGCUAGGCUUGCCGUACCAUCCCCUUACAGCAGACACAACAAUCUACGACAUUAACGGGAAAUCAGUAGACCCAGUGCGGGAUCAACUGGUAGAGAAGCUUUACAACGACUGCCUGGACCGGGUUAGCGAGUACAAGCACAAAUUUCAACCUUCGAAACUUAUUGAGGGCAACCGUGGUCUUCUCGACGAGGGACGGGAUAGCCCCGGAGAUGGUAGCAAGACGAUGCUUCAAGCAGAAGAGGCAGCUGCGGCGCUACCACAUGCUCCUCCUGUCGCCGAGCAGAACGUACCAGCAAAGGUCAACUUGGUUCCGGUAUCGUCCGAUAAGUUGACUGGCCGAGUUCAUAACGAACCUGGUACGCCUGCCACAUUGAAGGCGUCAGAAAAGGCAAAGUUUAUGGGGUGGGCACUGCGGGAUCAAUUCGCAGAGGAAAAGAACAUUGACUUGUCCAAAGCUGUUAGCGAGGACGGGGCAACUUUGGGGUCGGUUCUGGACUCUGCAAUUUCCCAAUACAAGGAGCUCGUCGAUUUGAACGCCCAAGACUACCGUCUCAUCAAUUGGCACAUUGCCAAUCUAGAGUACAGUAAUGCAACGAACCUGCAUAACCUUAGCCUAGGGUUGUGGGAUAUUGAUGCUGGUAACGAAUGGGAGGGGAGUCACACAAUGGUCGUGGGCGGCUAUCAGAGUGUGGCCCGCGGAUUAGUACAGUGUCCAACGUCGCUCGACCUGAAAACCAAGUUCGCGGUCAAAAGUAUAUCAUACCACAGCGAAGAUAGUCUCGGGUCCGCCACCAUUGAGUGUGACGACGGGUCAGUAGUGGACGCAGAUGCCGUUGUCUGUACUAUCCCACUUGGUGUCCUGAAGCAAAACAACGUCACAUUUGAGCCGCCACUUCCUUCGUGGAAAACGGACGUGAUCGGGCGUCUGGGAUUUGGUAUCUUGAACAAGGUGGUUCUUGUGUACCGCAAGGUGUUUUGGGACUCUGAUCGGGACAUCUUUGGAGUGCUAAGAGAAUCGUCAAACCGCCACAGCACUUCGCAGCAAGACUAUUCGGGCAACCGAGGGCGGUUUUUCCAGUGGUUCAAUGUAUCGAACACAACAGGCCUGCCUUGUUUGAUUGCCCUCAUGGCAGGCGACGCAGGCUUUGAAACAGAGCACUCCAGCAAUGACAGCCUGGUUGUUGAAGCCACGGAGGUACUGCGGAGUGUCUUUGGACAGGACGUUCCAUAUCCUGUGGAAGCGGUUGUUACCAGGUGGGGCUCAGACCGGUUUGCCAGAGGUAGCUAUUCAUCGGCAGCCCCAGGCAUGCAACCGGAAGACUACGACGUGAUGGCCCGCCCCGUGGGCAAUUUGUUCUUUGCAGGCGAGCACACGAUCGGUACGCAUCCGGCAACGGUCCACGGCGCCUAUCUGUCUGGUCUGAGGGCCGCAUCAGAGGUCUUGAGCACAAUGAUUGGACCCAUCGAAGUUCCCACGCCUCUCAUUCUCCCUCGAGACUCAUUGCUUCUUCGCAAGCGCAAGGAGCCCGUAAAGGAUCCGAGACAAGCCCGCCUCGAAGCUUAUGAGCUCGAGGUAUGGGGCCACAUUAAGGCUAAAAUUGGGGAGCGUCCCGUUCGUCCGGGCAAGGUGGCAGGCAACGCGUAUCUCCUCUAUAGCAAGGCCUUCUUCGACGCAGCGCGCAAUCGAUGCGAAGAGAACCGCAAGCCAGGCCGAGGCGGUCGCGCCGUUCCCAAUGAGGUCCGCAUCAUGACGUCCAAGAUGUGGAAGGAAGCCUCGCCUCAAGAUCGCAAACCCUUCGAAGACCAGGCCGCCGAGCAGAAGCAUGGCUAUGCCGAAGCCGUGCAAGCCUUCACACAAGCAGCUGAGAAAUGGGAUCAAGAGGCCAUCGCCCUCAGGGUGGCAUACGAAAAGGACCAUCCCAAUAUUGCCAAGCCUGGAGAGCUAGCUCGCAUGGCCAGGUCAGCUCAGAAGUCCCGGCGAACGAGAAACGUCAGCUACGCGGAGGACCGGGACAGUGAUAUGGAGUUUUAG